GUUCAUCGCCUCUCUCUGAAAGUUGUGAAACACCUCAUAAACCCUAGCAAUGUCCGGGGCCUUCUUCUACGACGCCGCUAGCGACGACGAUCUCGAAUUCCUAAACCACGAAGACGAGAGCAGCGACGAAGAUGUAGCUGAAGAGCGUAAAGCUCGAGCAGAAGGUGGAGAAGACGAAGAAGAUAGCGAAGUUGAGGAUGAGGACGACGACGAUGAUGACGUAGAAGAAGAAGAUGAGAAACCUACAAGGAAAGGAAGCACCGAUGCUCAAUCUCCUUGGGAUUUCGCGUCGUAUUCAAGCUCCGUCGGGGAAGAACACGCCCGCCGUCACACAACCUCUAUCGAUGAGAAGAUCUCAAAAGCUAUCAAGCAUCGUCCUCUUCCUAUCUCCACUGAGGAAGAAGAAGAAGAAGAAGAAGAAGAAGAAGAUGUCUCCGAGGCUGAACCUGACAAACAAGAGGAGUAUCUUUCGGAAGACGAAGAGGCAGCUGAUUCGAAAGCAGACAAUGUUGCAGCCAAGCCGUUCUUCUCUACCGUGGAUGGAGUUUCGUUUCAUGCUAAUUCUUUCAUGGAGCUCAACCUCUCUCGCCCAUUGCUUCGAGCUUGUGAAACUCUUGGAUACAAGAAACCUACCCCGAUUCAGGCAGCGUGUAUACCUUUAGCACUUACAGGGCGUGAUCUUUGCGCCAGUGCAAUCACUGGAUCAGGGAAGACUGCUGCGUUCGCUUUACCUACUCUUGAGAGGUUGCUGUUUCGUCCUAAGCGGGUCUUUGCUACUAGGGUUCUUAUUCUCACUCCAACCAGGGAGCUGGCUGUCCAGAUUCACAGUAUGAUUCAGAAGCUUGCACAGUUUACUGAUAUCAAAUGUGGAUUGAUUGUAGGAGGGCUGUCUGUAAGGGAGCAAGAGGUUGUUUUGAGGUCUAUGCCAGAUAUUGUUGUCGCUACUCCUGGACGUAUGAUAGAUCAUUUGCGUAAUUCGAUGUCUGUCGAUUUGGAUGAUCUCGCGGUUUUGAUUCUCGAUGAAGCAGAUCGUCUUCUACAGACUGGGUUUGCCACUGAAAUACAAGAGCUGGUUCGCUUAUGUCCCAAGAGAAGGCAAACAAUGCUCUUCUCAGCCACAAUGACUGAAGAAGUUAAAGAGCUUGUCAAACUUUCCUUGAACAAACCACUGCGUCUCUCAGCUGAUCCAUCAGCUAGAAGGCCUCCAGGCCUGACUGAGGAGGUGGUAAGAAUACGCAGGACGCGUGAGGCAAAUCAGGAAGCUGUUCUUCUUUCAUUAUGCACAAGAACUUUCAAAUCAAAAGUUAUCAUCUUUAGUGGAACAAAACAGGCUGCACAUAGGCUGAAAAUUUUAUUCGGACUAGCUGGCCUCAAAGCAGCUGAGCUUCAUGGAAACCUAACUCAAGCACAACGUCUUGAUUCUCUGGAACUUUUCAGAAAGCAAGAGGUUGAUUUCCUCAUUGCCACCGAUGUGGCUGCUCGAGGGCUUGAUAUUAUUGGUGUCCAAACUGUUAUAAAUUAUGCCUGUCCUCGGGAAAUAGACAGUUAUGUUCACAGAGUUGGUAGAACAGCUAGGGCUGGAAGAGAAGGUUAUGCUGUAACCUUUGUGACUGACAAUGACCGAUCCCUUUUGAAAGUCAUUGCCAAGAAGGUGGGUUCAAAGUUGAAAAGCAGAAUCAUCCCAGAGCAGUCAAUCGUUAAGUGGUCUCAGAUAAUCGAUGAAAUGGAAGAUCAAUACUCUGCUGUUAUUCGACUAGAGAGGGAAGAGCGAGCUCUAAGGAAAGCUGAAAUGGAAUUUGCAAAAGCGGAGAACAUGAUUGAACACAGAGAUGAAAUAUUCGCACGCCCAAAAAGGACUUGGUUCAUGACAGAGAAGGAGAAGAAGCUCGUGGCGAAAACUGAAAAGGAUUCUGCUGGAAACCCUUCUGGAAACGAACUAGUUAGUGCUGAUAUAGCAGAGGACCUCAAGAUGAAGGAGAAGAGAAAACGCGAACGCGAGAAGAAUCUUCCAAGGAAAAAACGUAGAAAGCUUGAAGCUGCCAGAGAGAUGCUAGAGGAUAACGAAGAAGAAGACGAAGAGGAAGAAGAAGGAGAAGAUGAAAAACGAGGAAGAUCAAGAGGGAACAAGAAGAAGAAGAACGAACCAGAGAAGAAAGGAUUGACACUCGUGGAUCUUGGUUACAGACGAGCAAAGGCGGUAAAAGCAAAACAGAGAGCAAUUGAUUCGGGUAAGAUGGAUAGACCAACGCCGAACAAGAAACAAAACCUAAACCGGACUAAACCAAAAACGCAGCCUCGAAAUGAAGAGAUGAAAGAUCUGUUCAAGAGUGAUAUGAGCGACAAGAAACAAGGCAGUGUCGGAGCUGGGGCUUCAGCGAAACCUCGCGGGAAGUCGAAGAACUCUUUCAAGAGCAAAGGCCGAUAUAAGCGUAGGUAGAAAAGUGACGAGCUUUUAUGGAAGAUAUCGAAGGGCAAUCCAGCAGAACGAAAAAAUACAUUUUUGGCCAAGGGUUUAAACAAUUUCAUUAUUAUUGUAAUAUGAUCAGACACGAGAGGUUGAAUGUUUUCUAAAUUUUGGUUUUCCCAAUGGUUUUAUAACCUUUCAUGAAGCGUAUUAGAACUUGAGUUUGGUUACUCGUCUGAACCUGCAUGUGAUGAUUAUGUUUCCAUCUGCAUGUUGUUACUUUUUAUUCUUCAUUUUACC